GGAAUCUUAAAUCUUCCGUUCCGGCUGUACGGUUUGACGCAAAACGUGCAGGGUUGUCGAGUCCUUGAAGACCUUUCCAUGACUUGGCAAAACAAACUUUUCAAGGUUUUCAAAGUUCCGGAAAGCGGUUAAUUACUGGGUCCGUGGGAACGUGCCAGCUGGAUUUCGCUUGUUCUAGAACAUUCCCCUAAACCUAUGAUUAAACUUUUAAUUAGCAACCUCAACUAACCACAACAAGCGAUACUAUCUUCACCCAAGGAGGUUUCAACCCAUCAGUUCCUUCGAACUACCCGAUCCAGCAUGGUCAACUACCUAACCCGGCUCCGAUCGGCCUACGCCCGCUUCGUUGACAUCCGCAACGCCAACGACAUCUUCAGCCACUACGUCUGGGUCCACGGCAACACGUCCGGAAUCGGACUCCACUCCCCUGGUCAACGCUGGAAGCAAACCCUCUUCCGGAGUAUUUCGUUCGUGUUUGCGCUGCAGCAGUUGGUCCUGGUUCGGGAUGUGGUGAACGCCAUGAGCGGCACCGACGAUCUGACGAUCCGGAUCGGCAUGUGCCUGAUCUACAGUACGCUUUCGAUGCUGCAGCUGGUUUGCAUGGACCUCCGGUAUGACCUGUUCCUUCGCGUGAAGGACUACUUCAACGGAAGACGUGAUCGUUGCUGUGGAGGACGGGACGCGGAUCAAACCAGAGCGGAGUUCUUCAGACAAUCCCGUCGGAACCUGCUGGUGGCGGAGAUUCCCGUGACCAUCAUGUCGCUGAUUUGGGCCUUCUUCGCGCGGGAAGAGUACUUCCAUCUGGUUCUGAACGUUUCCGAAGAACACCAGUGGAUCGUCGACGCCAUUGAUCAGUUUUACGGACUCCCGCUGGUGUACUGGAACAACUCGUCCUGGAUCAUCUCCCUGAGCAUGCUGUCCAUGCUACGAAACGCCGUUCACGAGCUGAGCUUGAUCGCUGAAUCGUUCGCCACGGUCUUCGCCCGAGCUUCACAAAAAGUCCAACACAUCGCCGAUCCGACCGCCAAGGAAACCCAAUUCUGGACCACCUUCGACCAACUCUUCCGCGAGUCCUUCCAAGACUACGAAGAGUUCCUCGCCAUGAUCGUCACGCUGCGCAAGCUCAUGUCGCUCUUCUUUCUGCUCAAAGUCCUAACCGUGGAAAGCCUCCUAGCGGUGACCUGCUUCACGACCUUCAACAUUACGUUCCAGGUGUUUACGGCGCUAGCGUACGCGAUCGUCUUCACCAUCGAGUGUUUCCUCCUGUGCAAACUGGUCGAGCAGCUCAACGAUCAGAAGGAGUCGAUCGGCGAGAACCUGUACCACUGGCAGUGGCCGGACUGGUUGCGGCACACGCCGGAACGGGCCGCCCGGAUGCGCCAGAUGAAGAUCACCACGAUGAUCACCGCGGAGCACUGUCAAAAGACGUUCCGGUUCAGGUGCGGGGACAUGCUGGACGUUUCGAUGGAGAUGUUCCAGAUGGUGCUGAACACGUGUUACACGCUGCUGACGUUCCUGCAGGCUACGAACUAGGGUGGAGCAAAAAGUUGAUUGAAAUUUUGAAAAUACUUUUUGAAACUUAGUAGAUGUUCCUUGUUAAAUUGCACGUUCAAAUAAAGUUGUAGAUUGCACUGCGUUACUCAAAGAUUUGUUGAAUAAACAUUGAAAUUCAGUCAAAAUCAAGGUCUUCUCUCAUUCAGCAGGACCGAAGGCAAGCCACUUUAAUUCGACAUCGUUUAUAUUUUAUUAUUUUUUACUUUUUCUCUAGCGAUUCACAUCUUCAGGCAAGUAUUUGAAAAACCUUUUCGAUAUGUCAAAUUGUUGGACUAUCUGGCAAGGGACUCUCGAUAAAUCACGUGGACACUUUUUUUUAAAUCUCAGACAUUUCAUGAUUUGCCAGAAACGUUUUUCCAUACAAGUCUUCAUACAAUUUUGGAAGCUGGUCACCGUCACCAGGAGUGACAUUGGGUCUGGGGUGAGAUUGGGUCAUACAAAAAUGCUGAAAUGUGUAUGACCCAAUCUCACUCCUCCUGAUGACAGUAUGUAAAUGUAUGAAAUUCUGUAUCGUGAGAAGGGAUUUUCUGAUCGAUUUGGAGUCUUCGGGAAAGUUGUAGGGUAUCAGCAAUUCUUUGCGAAAUAGGUCCUUUUUUAUAAUUUUAAUUUUUAUAUUUUUCAAUCUGGCUGAAAUUUUUUUGGUGCCUUCGGUAUGCCCAAAGAAGCCAUUCGGCAUCAUGAGUUUGUUCAUAUAAUUUUCCAUACAAAUUUGCCAGCUGUCCGUACAAAAAUGAUGUAUGAAAAUUCAAAAAUCAGUAUCUUUUGAAGGUAUUUUUUGAUCGAUUUGGUGACUUCG